AUGGGGGUCAGCAACUCCCGAAGGGGAAGGGGCCCCAAAGGUGCCUCUGAUGUACCACCCUCAGGGCCCACCUGCUCCGCGCCUGCCUCACCUGAGACCGCAGGAUUGACUGUAAACGCCCAGACAUCUUCCUGCCAGCAAACACCCGCCGCGGCUCCCCUCAAAGCCCCGACACUCCCCAAGUGCACACCCAGACCUGAGUUCUGCUUGCUGAGCCCGCACAGCAGCAAGCAGGGGCCAAGGAUGGAGCCGGAGCAGGACAGGACACUGCCCGAACCCGUGGGCCACCUGUGCCCGAAGCCCCUCACCCUGCACUUCACAGCUGCAGGAGCCCCCGCGGCCACGUGUCACCUGCAGCCUGUGCGCUCCGUCCUGGGCAACAGCCGAAGAGCGCGCUCAGAGCCUCCAACCAGGCCCCCAGGCACAGCUGACCCGCAGCCCAGGCCGACCACGGAGCUGCAUCCCUUAGUCGACACGCAGGCAUCCCAGCUAAACUCCCAGAUCAUCACCCUUUUUCGAGAGCAGCUCGUAAUGGUGACCAUAAAAACUGCUGAGAGCAAUAAGUCUUCAGGAAAUGCCAAAAUCGGGCACCGUGCCCCCCAGUUCAAAGCAACUGCUGUAAUGCCAGAUGGUCAGUUCAAAGAUACCAGCCUAUCUGACUACAAAGGAAAAUAUGUUGUGCUCUUCUUUUACCCUCUUGACUUCACCUUUGUGUGCCCCACGGAGAUCACUGCUUUCAGUGAUGGGGCAGAGGAACUUAAGAAACUCAACUGCCAAGUGAUUGGUGCUUCUGUGGAUUCGCAAUUCUGUCACCUGGCAUAGAUCAACACACCCAAGAAACAAGGAGGACUGGGACCCAAGAACAUUCCGUUGAUAUCAGACCCCAAGCGCAUCAUUGCUCAGGACCAUGGGGUCUUAAAGGCCGAUGAAGGCAUCUCAUUCAGGGGCCUUUUUAUUAUUGAUGAUAAAGGUAUCCUUCGACAGAUCACCAUAAAUGACCUUCCUGUUGGCCAUUCUGUGGAUGAGACACUGAGACUAGUUCAGGCCUUCCAGUCUACUGACAAACAUGGGGAAGUGUGCCCAGCUGGCUGGAAGCCUGGCAGCGAUACCAUCAAGCCUGAUGUCCAGAAGAGCCAAGAAUGUUUCUCUAAGCAGAAGUGA